GAUAAAUUAUGUUUUAAGUAGCCUUGAAAUUCUGGAAAAGAUUUAAGGUUAAACUUUCUUCCGUAUAUGAAUGUAGGCGGGAAGGGCCCGAGAUGAGACAUAGUUAUGUCAUUGUUAUGAUUCGUGUGCCCACGCGCAUGAGCAAGGCCGACCCGUUGCGCAGUUGUCACAGAUGAUUAAUCCUCCAGAUCAGUACCGGACAAACGUCAGAACGAUCGCCGGUGUUUGUAAGUUACUUACGGCAGUUCAGAAGCUCAGCGGCAGAAGUUCAGCGACGAUUCGUCCAGAAAGAAUUUGUCAGAUUUGAUUGAAGUAGAGGAAGACGAAGUCUCAAGCAGUCUGCCGGACAGACGUCGGAUGCAUCGAAAGGCUUCUACUAGUAGCAGGUCAAGUGUGACAUCAAUGGAUUCCUUGUGGGAGAAGCACCCUCGGCGGCUGAGCGAGGCUGGCCUCAGGCGGUCUUCAGAUCACAGUGUCAUUCUUACUGAAGACACAGACAGUUUUAUUAUCGGGGAGCGUGUCUGGGUUGGUGGUACGAAACCAGGUCAAAUUGCUUAUAUCGGAGAAACACAAUUUGCCCCCGGAGAUUGGGCCGGAAUCGUGCUUGAUGACCCCAUUGGAAAGAACGAUGGUUCGGUGGCUGGGGUUCGAUACUUUCAGUGUCCCGAGAAGCGUGGAGUUUUUUCCCGCCUUACACGCUUAACACGUGAACCACUCUUUUCGCAUGCUCCACAUGACGCCUCACCAGUGUCAGAUGUUGGAAGCGUUUUCGAACGACCUCCAUCAGGUUUGGCUCGACAACGACGCGCCGCUUCACCCAAUGGAAGUAUUCGAAGCGUCGUCAGCAGCAAGAUGAAUGCGUCUAUCUCCACAACUACCGGUGACCUUCGAAUGGGUGAUCGCGUCAUUGUGUCUAGCAGUCGCGGUAGCAAAGCAGGAAUCUUGAGAUAUGUAGGCGUCACUGAAUUCGCUACUGGUGUAUGGGCUGGAGUGGAACUUGAUGAUCCUAUUGGCAAAAACGACGGAUCGGUUGAAGGAAAAAGAUAUUUCGAGUGCGCUCCACGUUUCGGUCUAUUCGCUCCCAUAUCGAAGGUAUCUCGGUCUCCAUCGAACCGCAAGCCUGGAGCGUGUGCGAUUCACAGCAACGGUCGCGCGACACCCUUGCGGCGAUCUAAUUCUCGCGACUCCCUCACAUCCCUAGGCACAUCGAUCGCCUCUUCUCGCGCAGGGGUGAGACUGGGGGUGACGUCGCUGGGUUCUCAGCGUGUUGGUCCUCCUCGUGCGUCCUCAACCCCGGUCUCCGCAAAGAAUGCCCUGCAGGAACUUCUUCGUGAAAAGCAACAUCACCUGGAGCGUCUUAUGAGGGAGAGGGAAUUGGAAAGAUCAGAAGUCGCUAAAGUAUCUCUUCAAGUUAACAGAGCCGAAACAGCGCUUGCGCAAGUGCAAAAGGAGGCUUCUGAGGCGAGCACAGAAAACUCGAAACUUAAAGUAGAACUUGAGAAACUAAAUAAGCUUCUAGAAGAUGAAAGACAGAAGGUUGAAGACCUUAUGUUUAGAAAUGAAGAAGAGAAUAUUAAUAAGGAAGAUUAUAAUAGAUACAAAGAAGCCAUGGAGCACGAGAAAAUGGAAAGAGAAAAAUAUAUUCGGGAGUUAGAAGCAGAAGUCGCUCUGCAGUCUGCACGAGCGGAGGCUACAUCAAAUGCAUUCCAAGGCCUCGAGGAACAAAGAAAUGCAGAUAUGGCAACACUGUCCGAGCAACAUAAAGAAGAAUUAACCGCUGCACAAACACUUUCAUCCGAGUUACAAAAAUUGUUAGACGAAGCAUACGCUCUCUUGAAGGAAAAAGAAAACGAAAAGGAUUCUCUUGGUAAAAGCAUGACAGAUGAACUCACGAAAGUUAAAGCCGAAUCAGAGAAAGCCCUUACUGAAGCUAAAACAAAGAUGGCGAUUGCUCAGACGGAGUUUGAAACCCAAUUAUCUGUACUAUCAUCCAAAUUGCAGCUAGUAGAAUUAAAAUUAGAGACUGAAAAACAAAAUGUUGAACUCUUAAAUAAAGAUAAUAGCCAAAUAGUUACGGAUUUAAAUACGAAGCUCACUCAGCUUCAGGCUACAGUAGAUGAUAAAACUUUGGAGUUAAAUAAAGUUCUUGGUACUACCAAGGAGCACGAGGUUAAUUUAAAUAAAGAAAUUAGCAAAUUGAAAAUGGAACUAAGUGCUAAAGUAUUAGAUCUAGAACAAUUACAAGAUACUAUAUCUAAGCAGGACACUCUAUGUCAAAAGUUGCAAGAGGAUAUAGCACAGGCUAAAGAAGAACUUACACGAAAAAUAACUGAUUAUGAAAGUGUUUUGAAUGAAGCUUCACAACAAGACGAAAGGAACAAGUCUGAAAUAAUACGACUUCAGCAGGACUUAAAUACUAAAACGAGGGACUACGAAAAAUUAAUGAGUGAAUCAAACAAAAUAAAAACCACGAAUGAAAAAGCUAUCAGUGAUUAUAAACAAACCAUCCAUGAGCGUGAUAAGGAAAUUGUUAAAUUGAAAGACGAAUUUGAAGAAACAACGGCCAACUUCAAUAUUAAGCAUAGCAAAAUAGCUGAGGAACACAAAAAAGAAAUUGAAGAUCGUAACGUUAAAAUAGAGCAGUUAUUAAAAGAAAUAGAAAAUCACAAACAAUUAUUAGACAAAAAUAAACUAGAAAUAGAUACAUUGACUACACAAUUCACUAUUAACACAGAUGAACUUAACGCUCUUAAAGAAGAAAACGCCAAAUUAAAACAAACUUUAAACGAAUUAACUGAAAUUAAUAAUACGCUUAAAAAUAAAAUAUCUUCAAUGGAACUUGAAAUUGGAGAAUUGAAUCGACAGCUAGAAAGUACUAAAGAAAAAUGUAACGAAUUACAGCAAACUAAAGAAAAGAUUGAAAGUGAGUAUAUGAAUUUAACAGGACAAACUACAGACUCGAAUGAGCAAUUUAAUAAACUCACCGUACAUUUAAAAGAUACCGAAAAGGAGCUACAAAGUCUGAAAGAUAAACACAGGGAGGUGGCUAAUAAUCAUGGUAGAAUUGAACAAGAAUUAAAACAAAAAAUAUUCAAGUUACAAGAAGAUUUCUCCGUAGAACGUUCGCAACUCAUUCAAUCUAUUGAUGAAAAUAUUGAAAAAUACAAAAUUGCAGAGCAAAAAUUAAAAGAUAUUGAAGUUCAUAUGAUGGAAGUAAAUAAUCGUGUGAAAGAGGUAGAAACAGAAAAUGACAAAUUAUUAGACAAAAAUUCAAUUCUAAAGCAAGAGGUUGAAAUUCUAAAAAUGAAAGAAAAAGAAUUAGUAAAUGAUUUUGAUGCUUCUCGCAAAAAACUUGAGAUAGACAUUGAAAAAUAUAAAGAAGAAGUGUCACUGUUGAGAGCAGAGGGUGCUUCGUCAGAAGUAAAAUUGAUGGAGAAGGUUGACCAGUUAACAGAAGCACAAAACGAUCUUAAUAAUAAACUAGAAGAAGCUAGAAAACAUGAGGACUCUCUUCAAAAGAUUCUUGAGGACAUGACAUCACAAAUGACGUAUCAAAAAACUCAAUUCGAAAGAGAAAAAAAUCAAAUUCUAGGUCAACUUGCCGAUUUGAACAGUCAAGCAGAAACUAAAAUAGUUGAAGAGAUUCAACUAAAGAAAACGUUGGUAGAAAAAGAAACAUUAAUUAAGGAUUUAAACUUAAAGUUAGAAAUGUUGCAAGUUGACCUAAAAUCAAGUGAAGAAAUCUUAGUAGAAAAGGAUCGACAAAUUACUCAAAUAAAUGAUGAAGUAACUAAAACAAAUGAAAGUAAAAGUAAAUUAGAAGAAGAAUUGAAUCUUUUGCAUACUGAAUUAGCUUCAAUCAAGCAGAAACAUGAGAGCCUUUUGAAAAAUUCUUCAACUGAAGAAUCUUUGCUUAAGGACCAAUUAGGACAGUUAGAAACUUUAAAACUAGAAAUUGCAACAUUAGUCGCAGAUAAAACUAAUCUAGAAACAAAACACGCUGAAGUCGUCAUCGAAUCAACAAAAUUAAAGGCAGACUUUGAUGAUUUAGUUAGUAAACUUAAGCAAACAACAGAUAUUAAUAAUAAUUUAAAUAAAAUCAUGCAGGAAAAAGACGCAUUAUUAAAAUCUCAAGAAGAAAAUAUAGACCAGAACAACAAAGAAAUUAAAAGUGUGCAUGAAGAAAUAACCCGACUUAAAAAUGAAAUUAGUGAUAAAGUAAGCACACUUAAAGAAAAACAAGACCAACUUGAUAAACUCAAUGAAUCUAUUAAAGGUGAAACAAAUGGUGCUAAACAAUUAAUAGAAUCAAUAGAACGUGAGACUAGUGAACUUAAAGCAAAACACAUUUCUGAAGUUGAAUCUCUAACUAACACAGUAAAAGCAUUACAAAAUUCACAAACAGAACACGAAAAACACACCGAAGAGCUCUUGCACGCUCGUGAAAAAAUAAAUGAUUUACAAACAUUACUUACUAAGUCAGAUAACGAUAUAAAACAACUGACGAAUAUCAACGAAGCUCAAAAACUAAAUUACCAAGAUCUCAACAAACAAUUACAGACUCAAUUUGACGAAUAUAAAAAAGAAAGCAAAAGGUUAAGACACGAACUUAAAGCCAAAAUAAAUGACUACGAAAAGGAAUUAGAAGAAUCUAGAAAAAUAAUAAAACAAGAUUUAGAAAAGCAAGCUGAAAUGCAAAAUAAGUUAGGGGUUGCAGAGAAAAAUACUUUAGAGCUAAGACAGAAUUUAGAGUUAUUGACCGUCCAACAAACGAGUGUAGGGGAAAAGGAUGAAAGAUUAGAAAAGUUAACUCUUGAAUUGCAAUCUACGAGAAAUGCUUAUUCGGAGGCCUUAAACAAUAUGGAGAAGACAUUGCAGACUUUGAAGAACGAGGUUGAACAGAAAGUCGCACUAAUUAAAGAGAAAGAUAGUCUCGUUCUCAAGUUACAAGAUGAUCUCAAUAAUUUCAAAGCGAAAUACGAAAUAGCGGAUAGGGAAAAGGUGCUUUUGCAAAAGGAGUUGUCGAAGAGAUCAAACGAAAUACGUGACAAAAACGACAAUAAUUCGAUGGGUACUUUGGGACAGGGAGAUACUGCGCAGGACAGAACAGAAGAGAAAGAGAUGAUCGAUGGUCAGGUGAAUUUCUUGAAUUCAGUGAUCGUGGAUAUGCAAAAAAAGAACGAGCAGCUCAUGGCAAGAGUACAAGCGUUGGAGGGUGGGGCGUUAACCACUGAACCUCCGUUAUUUAACGGGCGUAAAACGCGAGCGGUAGCGCCGCGUUUGUUCUGCGAUAUUUGCGACGUGUUUGACGCCCACGAUACGGAAGACUGUCCCAAGCAGGCAUUGCCCGAAGACCCUCCGCCAUCGGCCAAAAAGCAGCCGAUCGUGCCACGGGAAUACUGCGAUAUUUGUGAAGUAUUUGGGCAUGCUACGGAGAACUGUGAUGAAGAAGAAACCUUCUAAUACCUAUUUAUUGUUUUAAUGUUACCAUUGUUACUGUUACUUGUUUCAUUCUAGGUAUUAUUAUUUAUUGUUUACCUUGUUAUGGUAUCUUGUUUUAUUUUUACUAGAUUUGUAUAUAAGUAUUGAUUU